CUCCUCCCCCGGUGCCUGGCGCGGUGCAUGCCGGGCCGUGGUGCCGGGGCUCGGGGCUUUGGCCGCACUGGGAGAUGCUGCUGUUGCUAGACGAGAGGCGAAGCGCUGCCGUCUGUGAUUGCAGCUCCUCUAGAUGUAUGCAAUGGCAUCUAGCAACAGCUCUUCACUAGUGCCUCACUCGAAUAGCAGCAACACCAUGUACAGAAAGGGCCUGAACCCUUCACAUCAAAAAGGACCGGUGCGAUCGCUCCCCGAUGUGUGCCCCAAAGAACCUACCGGUGACUCUAAUAAUUUGUGUGAUGAGCCAUCUGUGGUUGCAGAUCAGCACAAAUGGACAAUUUAUCAUUCCAAAGUGAACCUGCCAGCAGCAUUAAAUGAUCCUCGACUUGCAAAACGGGAGUCUGACUUCUUCACCAAGACAUGGGGUCAAGACUUUGUGGAAACAGAAGUCCUGCCUGCUUCCUGCCUCCCACCCAUCACUAAAGAGAACUUUUCAUCUUAUUUUCAGCAGACUAGCCUAAGAGAAAAAAGUCAUGAAAAGCUGAAGACGAUAUGUCCUUCUAAGGAUGAUUACAACAGGACUGCAUUUUCCCAUUCACUUGUAAAUAAUUCUAGGGCAGAUCUGGAACAAGUACCUAAGAUUUUUUUGAAGCCAGACUUUGCCUUGGAUGACUCCCUAACAUUUAAUGCGGUUUUACCCUGGUCCCAUUUUAGCAGUGCAGGUGGAAAAGGAAGCAGAGAUACAGCAUCCUCUAAAUUGCUUCAAGAAAAACUGAGCCACUACUUGGACAUUGUCGAGGUGAACAUUGCACAGCAGAUCUCAAUGCGCUCUGAUGCUUUUUUUCAUGCUAUGACCUCCCAGCACGAGCUGCAGGACUACCUCAGGAAGACCUCCCAGGCUGUUACCAUGCUGCGUGACAAGAUUUCUCAGAUAGACAGAGUCAUGUGUGAGGGAUCUCUGCAAAUCCUAAGACAAGCCCUGACCAGAAACAACUGCAUUAAAUUGUAUAGUAAACUUAAAUUAAUGGCUACAGUUCACCAGACUCAGCCAACUGUACAGCUGCUGUUAUCGACCUCAGAUUAUGUUGGGGCACUGGACUUAAUAGCAACAACACAGGAAGUCUUACAGCAGGAGCUUCAGGGCAUUCACUGCUUUCGACACCUUGGAUCUCAACUUUGCGAACUGGAAAAGCUUAUUGAUAAAAUGAUUAUUGCAGAAUUUACAUCAUACGUUCAAAGUGACUUAAACAGACCUUUAGACGAAGACUUUCAGGUUGUAGAGGAGGAGAGACUGGUGGCAUUGGUGUUUGGGUUGUUAAAGCUGCGGAAAUUGGAUUUUUAUGAGAUCUAUGCUCACGAAAUGAUGGCAUCUGCAAAAAACAUCAUAAAACAGUGUGUGGUGAGCAUAGUUUCCCAGAUUGAUGAAAUAGAUUCUGAAGUCGUCACUAAACUGGCUGACCAGAUGCGGAUGAUGAAUUUUUCCCACUGGUUUGAUUUGCUACAGAAUAUUUUCUCAACGUUUACAAUUUUCCUUCAAAGAGUCAAGGCCACAUUAAAUGUUAUCCGCAGCGUUGUCCUCAUGGUGUUAGACAAAAAUCAGCGGUUCAGAGAAAUGGAGGUAACGGCAGCUCAGAAAGCCCUUAGCAGAGAAAGCAAUAUGGACACCGAUCUGGCUUACUUGACUCACGAAGGCUUGUUUAUAAGUGAUGCGUUCAGAGAAGGUGAGCUUCCCCAUGCUGCUACCAACACUAACUUUCAAAGGAAUGCAUCACCCAGCAGUAGCGAGCCUUCUGGCAGCGAUUCUGUGUCUGAUCCUGAAUGCACUACUGACUCCUCUUCCAGCAAAGAUCACACAUUGCCUUCAGUUACCCCGGGGGGAGUAGAAAUAAUAAUGACUGAGGACAUGAAAUUAACAGACCUAGAACUUGGUAGAGUUGCUAACAGUAUUCAGGAGCUGCUUUACAAUGCCUCUGAUAUUUGCCAUGACCGCUGCGUUAAAUUCCUGCUGGCAAGAGCCAAGGACGGUUUUCUGGAAAAGCUUAAUUCCUCAGAGUUUGUGUCGCUGUCACGGACUGUUGAAACAUUUGUGCAGGAUACAGAAAGGGUCUGUGGCAGAAGAAGUAUGUCACUACGAGGGGCUCUUCAGAGCCAAGCAAAUAAAUUUGUCAACCGGUUCCAUGAGGAGAGGAAGACCAAACUGAGCCUUCUGCUAGAUAACGAGCGCUGGAAGCAGGCCGAUGUCCCCGCAGAAUUUCAGGACUUGGUUGAUUCUAUAACAGAUGGCAAAAUCAUUUUACCUGAGAGAAAGCCUGGAUGUACGGAAGAAAGGAAGCCCACUGACUUUCUUACUGUGGAUGGCCAAAAGUAUGCAGUAGUUGGGACUGUCCUCAUUUUAAUCAGAAUUAUUCUGGAGUAUUGCACCUGUGUGGAUGACAUCCCAUCUAUAACAACAGACAUGCUCACUCGUCUUUCUGAACUGUUAAAGUACUUUAACUCCCGCAGUUGUCAGCUGGUUCUGGGAGCCGGGGCACUACAGGUUGUUGGACUGAAGACCAUAACUACAAAAAACCUGGCUCUGUCAUCCCGCUGCCUCCAACUCAUAGUACACUAUAUUCCUAUAAUUAGAGCUCAUUUCGAAGCCCGGCUGCAGCCUAAGCAGUACAGCUUACUUCGACAGUUUGACCACAUCACUAAGGACUACAAUGACCACAUAGCAGAAAUUUCUGCCAAAUUGGUGUCUAUAAUGGAUGGAUUAUUUAACAAACUCCUGUCAAAGUAUGAGGUAAAAGCCCCCGUUCCAUCCAUGUACUUUAGAACUAUCUGCAAGCAAGUGGCUAAAAUGCAUGAGGCAAUUUAUGAUCUGCUGCCUGAGGAACAAACACAGGCUCUGUUCCUCCGAAUUAAUAGCAGCUGCAGGCUUCACUUGAAGAGUCAGCUGUGUCAUCUAAAUGUCACCAAUGACGGAGGGCCACUGCACGGAAUGGUAGCUGCAGAUAUUGCAUUCUACACUGGAAAUGUCCAGGCUCUGAAAGGACUUAAGGAUCUUGAUCUAAAUAUGGGGGACAUUUGGGAGCAAAAAAGGUGAUGUUUAACCAAAAGGAAACGCUUGUCUCCCCACGACUGGAAGUGCUCCACACAGGACCUUAAUGUUCACUUCCAAAGUAUAAGCUGGAUCCAGUCUGCCUGUCAGGAAUCACCUUUUACUACAUUAGUGAACAACAAGCUAUUCACUGGACAACUUACUAUUUCUAACCGCCUCAGGUUUCUUUGGACCAAAUCCAAACAAGCGCAUGGCUGUAACACAGCUUCCCUUAUGUCCACUCUCUUGUAUUUAUAAGAAACAAGAUCUCCUCCUGAUGAUGAAGGCUUUCAAUGGUUUCCCAUCCCCCAGCACCCUCGUCUUGAUGGAACAAACUCCACUCACAGAAUUUAGAACACUUUCAUUUGAAAAAUUAUUGCUUUUCUUUCCUUUAACAAAAUUUGGUUGGUUGUGUGCAUUUCUUGAAGCAUUAAGGGUAAAAUAUGUAGAUAUAAUAAGCUUUAUUUGGGCGGAUGAGCAGAGGGAUGGAAGUGGUAAGAUUGCUUUGUUCAUUAUUUGUCCUCUAACACUAGUUCCUUCCCCAAGCCUCCUAUCUGCUGAACAUAAAGCUGAGAGGCAAAGAUCCAGGGAGCAGACGUUAGUCUUUUAGACCUUUGUCAAGUCUGGUUCAAAGCUUUUCAUUUAACCACAAUCAUGUGGAAAGUUCCUGCAUUUGAAGGGGAAAAAACACUGUAUAGAGUGGAAGACAUUGUAAGCGGUUAUUGCUCUGGAGGUUUUAGUAUAAUUAAAAGUAUCUCUUAUGCUGUAUGCCUCUGAACUGAGUGUUAUCGUGGCAAUGUAGCUUUUACAGUGGUGGUUUACGGCUGUCAUUUUGCAUCUCAGAACAUCACUUUUAGGUGUCAUAAAAUUCUCCACACUUGGUCUUGAUACAGCUGCCAAAUGCAGAGGCAGUGGGCUAAACAGUAGGAUGGUUUUUAGCAUGGAAGAGUAGGACUUAAUAUGUACAGAGAUUGGACUCAUCCAGCCUUUCCAGAAUACUUAAUAACUUCCACAUCUGGUCAGAAAACAGGACCAUCAACUAUCUGCUUUAUCUAGCUUUUUUACAGCAUGAUUUCUCCAAGAUUUCUUAAGCUUCCUAAUAUGUUUUUAAACUGGAGUUAUGUCAAGUUUAAGGGGUUUUAAAUAUCGAGACCUGUGCCAUUACACAUCCAUGUCAGUUGCAGAGGGUUUACACCUCUUUGUAGAAAGUGAAUGGUUCCUAUAAAAUAGUUGUAGAUUUUUAUUACAGGCAUGUCAAACUGGUGCUUUCGUCAACAAGUAAGCUGUCUGCCAUAAUGGAAUGUAGAUGCCUGCACAUAUCUGACAUCUUCAUGAGCAUCGGUCAAGGGGCCCUGAAAUCAAGAGCAUUUUAAAUUGGCAGAUUUUCACAGUGUUUAAAAAUGACCUGCUCUCUCCCACACCCCCCUUUUGGCCAUUAUUGGACUUAUUGCGGUCUAAUAGGCUAGUAGAGAGUUGCCAGAAGGGGCAGGCUGGUGCUUGGGCAUUGUAUACAAUUAUUCAGAUAGCGUGUAGUGUAGUGUAUUUUAUUUUAUGAUUAGGCGUACUUUAAGUUGGCUAAGGUUCUACACAAUUCUCCAUAAUACUUCUCCUCUGUACAUAAUGUUGUAGCUGAGACGUUCUGAAAUAAAGCAGUAGCUUGUAAUAUUUUAAUCCAUUAAAUAAUUUAAAAAAAAAUUCUUUACAAUAGUACAAUUGAUAUAAUAAUCCCAGAGGGGCUUGAGGAUAUGUUAAGGUAUGUGCAGUUUUGAUAAAACAAAUGCAGCUGUUAUGGCCUUACCCUGCACGGUUCUAUGGCCCAUUUGUGUUUGACAUGUCUGUAUUAAAUGAUAGAUCUGGGUGUUCCCUGGUCGCUGCUCUAAAAUAUUCACCGCCAAACAUUCACAAACCAUUAAAAGCUGCCUCAGCAAAUUAUGGGUUAAUAAACAGGAGCGCAUAAAAAUAUUAUAAUACUUGUACGAAUAUGGGUUGUUUUUAUUUGGAGAUCAUGACCCCUUCUCACUUUAGCAGACCACAUCAGGAUACAGUGUAUGUUACUUCAGCUGCCCUGCAAUCAGCAGUAAUGAGAGGGAGGUGCGACCACUUGAUUUGCACUUGCCUUGUAUUCUGAUUUGUCUGCUGGGCUGAUGGAGGGAAUGGGAUGACCUGAAAUGUCUCCAUUUUGUACAGCCGCUAUGAUAUUUUUGAAGCAGAACUUAAUGAUUUUGGAUUGUUAACAAGUCUUUGACCUCUGCUGGGAUUGUAUUAACAGCACAUAUUUUCCAUUUUACUUCCCAGCCUCACUGUUAAAUUAAUGCAUGUUCCUUUUCUUUUUAAAAAAUGCUGCUAAUUAACGUAUCUGUGUUCCUACCUGAGAGUGGAGAAAACACGACCUUAAAUGUGAAAUUCUAUUGGAAUGGAGGCAUUGUCCAUAACACUCAUUUUUCAUGCAUAGACUAUAAGUUUAGGGAAGUAAUAUUGUCUGUAUGGCCUCCACUUUACUUUCAUAGGAUUCCAGUAAGGGCUGGGAUGAGAUGUUGUAGCAGACUAUAUGAAAUGUAAAGGUAGCUCUGGACUCUCCAUUGAUUAACCGAGAACAGCCUAGGUACAGAUCCAGAGUCUGCCAGCCUUUGUUCCAUAUAUCUCAGUACCCCAGUAGGACCACUCCAUAGCCAUGGUGCUGUGGUUAGCUGCACGAUUAGGAAAGCUUGGGGAACAAUAAGGUAAAUUUGCUGGUAUUUUCAAUCAGUAUUUUUGUACAUUUUUUUUAAAUUAAGGUAUUUUUGCCUUUGCCAUAUUUGGUGGGGGUGAAAGUAUUUAUUUGCAGUAUCUGCUAUGGAUGUUUAUGUUAUGUUAAUAUUUUCAGAUUGCAUUCUUAAAGUAAAUUUCAAUCAAUUAAGAGUUUUGCUCAUGUGUUGCUUUAAAGAAAUGUCUGUUAGUCACACAGGGGAUGUCAUAUUAUGUACACAGGAAAAAUCUGUAUAUAUGAUCCUGAUGGCGAUUGUAUAUAAUAUGUGAAGUGCCUAUCUGGCAGAUAAGUGAAAAUAUUGAAGGGUUAUUUUGUAUUUGUGUGUCAUUUGUAUGCCAAAGAGGUGGCUAAUUGCACAUAGAAUCCACCUCUGCCAAGAUUAUGGGAUGAUUGGAUGCCGCCAUGAAAGUCGCAUUGGCUUGCUGAGAAAGUCGACAUGCAGAACGUCGGGUUGAUGCACUGUAAAAGCACUCCAGUAUUAAGUGCCUGUGUAUAAAUAUGAAAUAGAAAUUCCUCUUAAUGUUUUACUCCAAAGUAAAAUGAGUGCCUACCUUUCAAA